AAAACAAGUGCUCUACAAUUGUGUCUGUUUGAAUACGGAUGAAUUCUUUUUACAAAAGCCUAUAGACCUCGGCAAACUCGAUAAAUAUGGCCUCCAUAUAUAUAAUGGGAAAUUAUCAAAAUUGGUGGAUUUUCCUUUUAAUCUACCUAUGAUAUAUAAUGAAUCAAAAAACAUUAUCAUACUGAAUAAUACAGUCCUAGCAUUUAUUCAUAUACAAAAGACUGGUGGAAGCCUUUAUGAAGACAGACUUGUUAGAAGCGGCUUCAUUAACAAAACCUGCUUAUGUACACAUGGAACUCGUAGAUGUUCCUGUCGGAAUUCCAGUGGAAAUACCUGGAUAUUUAGCAGGUUCUCUACGGGAUGGUCAUGUGGUCUUCAUGCUGAUUUUACGGAGCUUAUAGAAUGUAUCGAUCAUAAAUUAACAAAAAUUGAUGGGACACAUGACCAGCGCCAGUAUUAUUUCAUAACGCUGCUGCGUGAACCAACUUCCCGCUAUCUUAGCGAGUGGUUGCACGUCCGUAGAGGAGCUACUUGGAGUGGAGCUCGUCUUUCUUGUUCGGGACAACGAAUAUCUAUUCCUCGCACUUACCAACCUUGCAGUUUCUUCCCUGUAUCGCCUCUACCUAACUCCAAAACAGGUGAAUAUGCCAUUACUUCCGGGCACUUUCUAUCAAAAGACAGAAAUGUAUCAUCUCGGCUAAAUGUCACUUUGCUGGAUUUUCUUUCUUGCGAAAUGAAUCUCGCAGCCAACCGACAGACUCGAAUGCUGGCGGAUCUUCGUUUACUUGGCUGUUAUACCAACCUUAAAAGUUGGUGCUCUCCAGUACCAGAAGGGAUGGUUUUAUCAAAUGCUCAAUCUUCCUUACUCCAUAGUGCUAUUGAGAAUCUAGAUAACUUUAAAUUUCAUUUGCAUACUAGAUAUCCUAUUAGGAAAAAAAGGGCCCAAUAUUUUGGAAUCGCAUUUUUCGGCCUUAUGGAAUUUCCCGUUUUAUCGCAAUAUCUACUGCAACAAACUAUUGGGCUCACCUUCAAGCAUCACCUGUCAGAAUUUACACCAAAGUCGUUUCCCAAGUCCAAAAAAACGUCCCUUUGGAGCAUCCUAAAAUCCCGUUUUCUCCUAAAUAAUAAUGGUAUGUUUGGUAGCCUUCGUUCUCAAAUCCAUCACCAUACUCACGUUGAUCGCAUUAUACAUCAGAUAUCUGCAAAGGAACAUGACAUGAUUCAA